AUGACCCAGGAUGUGAUGACCCAGAAGAUGGGUCACACCAGCAAACUCCAUCCUGAGGAUCCAUGUGUGAGGAGUGGGCCAGCAGCCUUCCCCACCAAAACCACGGGGGUGAGGGGCAAGCAAGAGGAGAAACUUCAACUCCUGUUCCCCAAGAGCCCAGUGGUCAAGGUGAACAAAGAUCAAUGCUUUACCUCCAAAGUGAUUUCAAAGGCUCUGAAACGUGAGGUGGCCAACCCAGUCAAGGGCUUCUUUGAGUCACCCCCCACUGUGGGCCACAACCUUGUCGCCGACUGA